CACUGUUCCUUUUUGUGCAAAAUAAUUGUGAAUUUCAUUUAAUUAGAUUGGUAGUCAUGUUUAAAGGUAACAGGUGUUGAGUAAUCGGUGAAUAGAUGAAAGAAGUGGGUGCGGUGUAGUAGUCAUUGUGGUUUAGGAGGGUAUAUGGUUAAUGUGUUUAAGGUUUGUAGGUGUUACGUGUUAACACACUCUGAUUCCAACGCUUGUAAGGGUUAAGGAGAAUUGCUGAAGAAAACUAUGACAAGCCAUUUGGAGCAGCAGUUAGCAAGUUUACAACUUGAUCAUGGAGAUCUGCAGGCUAAUCGAAAAGUUGGGCCAGCAGUACCACCCAAACCUAAAAAACCACAACCACAAGUUCCAAAGAGUUACUCUUUAAAUAACCAGUGUGAACCAUCAUAUAGCACCUUGCUGCAGAGUGGCUCAGGGGCAAAUGGCCAGGUUUCACCUGAUAAGGGUCAGCUGUAUACAAACUUGCCACCUCCGGCAAUCUCAGGAGCUGUGAAUCAUUCUGUCAGUGCCAUGUCACCAACUGCAACCUAUAGCAACAUUCAACCACCAGAUGGCUCUGAAUCUCGCCUCAUCUAUAGCAAUAUAGGAAACCAUGCUAACAGUGAACUUGGCAAUACUUAUAGCAAUGUAGGAGCAUUCAGUACAGCCAGCAGCAUUGGAGCUCUGGAGGAUCUACCCCCACCCCCACCAGAACCUGCUGAUUACAGCAACCAGUGCCCAGCCCCAAACUUUCCCCCACCUCCAGAUGAUCUUCCUCCGCCACCUUCGCCAGUUAGCUCAAGUUAUUCAGAACUUCGGCGAGCCACCUACCAACCCAAUUACCAACCAGAAUAUGGCACAUAUGGACCUUCUUCGCAGAGUUCCAUGUAUGAAUCGAUAUACGAGCCAAUCAAUCCAAGGCCACCCAGUCAGAUGUCGUCCCGGUCUAACUACUCCCUCUAUGCACCAUAUGUCAGUGGGUCACAGAACAAAUCCUCUGGAAAUACACAACCCCCGAGCGGGGGAAAGGAAGCAGAAGUUGAUGCUCUGACUGACCUCCUGGUUCAGUCAAUGGAUGGAUCUGCAGAUUCUGAUGUAUAUG